GAGGAAGAAAAUUGCAUAUGAUAUGAUGGUGUAUUAUUCCCCUAAAAGUUUGCAUAAUGGUUGAAUGGGGAAGAUCGCAAGCUUCUCAACGCCACUCCUCUUCCAAUCAAAGCUCCUCUGCUUCUCUCUCACCUUCCUCUCCUUAUCUCUCCUCUUCGCCGCCCGCUUCACCUUCUCCGCCACCAAAUGCAUCUUCCGCUCCUCCCCCUUCGACCCUCUUCAGGGCCCCCUCUUCUUCUACCCUCCCUCCUACGCCCACCACAAGCACCCCAUCCCCACCACCCGCUCCUCCUGCAAAUCCCCCAUUUUCUUCUCAGAUUAUUGGCAGGUUUUGGAUGAAAUCCGCACAAUCUCAGCCCCUUCGCCGCCGCCGCCGCCUCUCAGAUUCCUGCAGAGAAACGCCCCCACCUUCGGAGGGAAUCUCAGUUUCCCCCAGAGAUUCUCUUAUCUCAAGCACGGCGAUCGUGGAUUCGGAAUCCCAUGUGGAUUCUUCAAACACUUCCCAGUUUCCAGCCUCGACCGCGGCGCGAUGGAGAAGUGCAGAGGGGUGGUGGUGGUCUCCGCCGUCUUCAACGACCACGACAAAAUCCGGCAGCCCAUGGGCCUCGGAUCCAAGACCUUGGACCUCGCGUGCUUCUUCAUGUUCGUAGACGACGCAACUCUCAACAGAUUGCGCUCCGACAAUUUGAUCGCGCGACGGAAAUCGUCGGAGAAAUUGCAGAUAGGUGCAUGGACGAUCGUGAAGGUUUGGAGCGGGCAGCUGUACGAGAAUCCGGCGAUGAACGGCGUCAUUGCGAAGUAUUUGGUCCACCGCCUCUUCCCCAACUCCAAAUACAGCAUCUGGAUUGAUGCGAAGCUGCAGUUGGUAGUUGAUCCGCUCCUCUUGAUUCACUCGCUGCUCAUCAAGGAGAGUGCGGAUAUGGCUGUGUCCAAACACCCCUUCUUCUUGCACACCGUCGAGGAGGCCGCCGCCACGGCCCGGUGGCGGAAAUGGCCGGAUGUCAACGGAAUCAGGAUUCAGAUGGAGACUUACUGUGAGCAUGGUCUGCAGCCAUGGAGUUCAGACAAGCCUUAUCCCUCAGAUGUGCCAGACAGUGCUCUGAUCUUGAGGAAACACAGUGUGCCAACAAAUAUGUUUUCUUGCCUAAUAUUCAAUGAGCUGGAAGGAUUCAACCCAAGAGAUCAACUCCCCUUUGCAUUUGUGAGGGACAAAAUGAGGCCAAAACUGAGACUAAACAUGUUUGAGGUGGAAGUGUUUGAACAGGUUGCAAUAGAAUACAGACACAACACCAGAAUCAAACACAGUGGUGGGCCCAGAUACAGGGCUGCCACCUCAGCUCUGUUUGCCAAUGAGACCUCUGGGAAAUGUGAUGCCUAUCUUUUAGAUAUGUGGGGUGAGCCCCAUGAUUGAUAUUGUUAUAGGUUUUUCUUCUGUUUCAAGAUAUACAAAAACCAACCAGCCAAACAGGUCCUUGCAAUAGAAAAGCUGACCAAAGGUAGAAUUGGUUGCCAGUGGGCAGAGGCCAAUCAUAUGUGCUACUUAAUGGUGAUGGGUGAAUUUUCAUUUCUUUCUGAUUUUAUACGCGAUGAACAUUUCAGCGAAUGAUUCGUUAAUGUAUUUUUAUAUUCCUAUAAUAGAAUUUACCUUAUGUC